AAACUUUCUUCUUUUCGAUUGCAGAUUUUGAAUCUUCAGCAAAUUUGGUAUAGUGUGCAAAUUAUCUAUAGAUAAUAUUGAAUUUUUUACAAAAUUUGGAGUCAAUACAUAGCCUAUACAACAAGGCGUUGAUACACAGUAUGACCAAAGAAUAAGAUACGGCUAUCAACAAGGAUCAACUGUGACAACUUUAACUAUUUGCAGUUUUGCAAACUUUGAAUGUGAUAAUUGCUUCAUAGAACUUUAGAAACUUAGAACAUACAUAUAUUACUCGUACUAGUUUAAGAGAUUCCCAGCUAAAAUGAACAGCACCGGCUAUUACUUCGACGAACAACUUGUCCAAAUUUACACUCAUUUAGUGCACAACUAUGUGCCAGACUUUAUACUAACGAUGGGAAAGGACUUCGAGUAUACGCCGUGGAUAUUUUCAUUAUUGGGGUCCGUCGUGAUAGGUUUAAGUGGAAUAUUACCUUUACUCAUAAUACCUACAGGCGAAAAGCUCAAGGAAGGCGGUUAUAAAGAUCCUGCCGAAUCCAAAUUCCUUAAGGUGCUGCUAAGUUUUGCUGUCGGCGGCCUUUUAGGUGAUGUUUUCCUGCAUCUGUUGCCUGAAGCUUGGGAAGGCGAACAACAAACUCCCACUGAGCAUCCUUCAUUACGCUCAGGGCUUUGGGUUUUAUCGGGAAUACUUAUUUUUACCAUUGUUGAGAAAAUAUUCUCUGGUUACACCAAUGCGGAUGAGGAAAACCCACAGCCGAAGUGUGUAGAAAUCGCAAAUUGUUUACUUCGCAAAACGGGUGGAAAGAUACCAGAGGGUAAAACUAGCUCUGAGGGCUGUGCGAGAUCAUGCGACAUCGAAGAAGUACCUAAUGGUUGUUUCCUGCGCGAGCGCGAACAAAAACAAAAAGAACAACCAAAGAAAGUAGCAGGCUACUUAAAUUUAAUGGCCAACUCCAUUGAUAAUUUCACACAUGGAUUGGCAGUUGCGGGUUCAUUUUUGGUAUCUUUUCGACAUGGUGUACUGGCAACAUUUGCGAUUUUAUUACAUGAGAUACCACAUGAAGUUGGUGAUUUCGCCAUUCUCUUGCGUUCCGGUUUUAGUCGGUGGGAUGCUGCCCGCGCUCAACUAUUGACCGCUAGCGCCGGUCUUAUGGGCGCCUUAGUGGCAAUUGGUGGGUCGGGGGUGACAUCGGCAAUGGAGGCACGCACAUCGUGGAUUACGCCUUUCACGGCUGGAGGAUUUCUACAUAUAUCACUGGUUACUGUUCUGCCAGAUCUGUUGAAAGAGGAAGGGAAGAUGGAAUCCAUGAAACAAUUGCUAGCGCUAAUUUUUGGUAUUUUGCUAAUGGCUUUCAUGACGGCAUUUUUUGAAUCAUGAAGACAUUGCGGAUUGAGAUUUUUUUAUGUACAUAUAUAUACAAAUUAUGAAACGUCUACGAACUGGUGCUUACAAUAGUUUGUAUGGAUGUAUUUAUGUAGAACGCAAAGAAGCAAGUAAUGUUUGUAAUUGCAAAACGCCAAGGCAAAAGUACAAAAACCAACCGCUUGUCGAACACUUGGCAUUAUGUGACAUUUGUGAGAAAUCUAUUACAGAUAACUAAACACAAGAAAUAAGCGAUUAAGCACAUUCAGUAGUUGCCAAAUUUGGACAAAUCUGAUUUGAAUUAUUAACACAGAAGCAAAAUUAUUAUGUACAGAAAUGGUAUUAAAAAGUUAUAAAAAAAUUUAA